UUCAUUUUUAUUAACUAUUUUGUUUUAGCAGCAUGGUGAAAUGGCUGAUGAGUGUCUUCAACUCAAGACACUACAAACUAUCCUUGUAAUGUUCCAAUCUUGUUUACAACCUGAUAAUGAGGAGAAUACUGCUCAAGCUCUUGGCAUUUGUCUCCGGCUUCUUGAAAGCAAUAAAUCUUAUAGUGUACGGAAAGUGAAUGCAACUCAAUCUAAGAGCUUCGACGCACUAUAUCUUCUCCCUCAACGUGUUUUCACUGUCUUCAUUAAGUUUUCUCAUUUUGUCCUCAUUUUAUGUCUCUCAAUACCCCUCUCUCAUCCUCACCUUCAUAUAGGUCGUGAAAUAGACCGGCCCCUAUUUGUAAAUUAAGUCACAAUUUUAGAUGCCAUGUCAACCAAAAUAUUGCACGUGAUUAAGCCCGAAAUUAACUCAACCAGGUUGAAGUAACAAUGUCAAAUUGGGUGAUUGUUUGGAGUAUUGGCAUGCCAAAGAGAAUCUGGAGGUCAUUGGAGCAAGAGUUUACUUCUGGAACUUCGUUAUUAAUGAGGAAUACAUUAACUAAAGCCGGAAAGCUUGGCCUUAUUUUGCUUGAGGAUUUGGCAUCUCUUGCAGCAAGUGGUUCUGCUAAUUGGUUAGGAGUCAGCUCCCUCCAAAGAACGUUUGUGCUUGACAUACUUGAGUUUAUUCUGUCCAAUUAUGUGGUGUUAUUCCGAACCUUGAUUCCAUACGAGGAGGUUCUCCGACACCAGAUAUGUUCGAUCCUAAUGACAUCACUUCGUACUGAUUCUGAGUUUGAAGGAGAAACUGGAGAACCAUAUUUCCAGUUCGCAGGCAGCAUGACAGUAGGAUGUCCGACCGGUGCGGAUGUGAAGACACCCGUGUUCGGUCCAAGUGAGGGAAUGACCGGUAUGGCCGAAGCCAUAUUCGGGCUGAGUGAGGUGACCAUUGUGGCUGUAGCCGCGGUUGGUCCAAUAACCGAGGUGACCGGAGCGGACCCCAUAGUCGCGCUCGAUCCAACGAAGGUGGUGAUCGGAGUGGACCCCAUGACCGCACUCGAUCCGAAAGGAAUGUUGAUCAGAAUGAAUGAAGCGAGGUCUUUAUUAACUGAACCUGCAAAAACACAAUACCGUGGAAGGACAGCGGAGUCGCCGGAGUUGUCCUUAAGAUCCCCUGACCCCCCCUCUCUCAUCGUCGUGAGACCCCGUGGUUUCAGAUCUUGCAUACCGAUCAGCGGCGAAGGAACAAAGGUGUUUCUCAGCAUGUUAGUGUUAGUGAGGGCUAUUUCUCUUGACUUACCACUAUGGCAUCGCAUUCUUGAAAUUCUGAGGGGAAUUUCUAUUAUGAAGUCAAUCCGGAUGACUACUAGAAGAUUUCAUGUUGUUCCACUGUCAAGCAAAUGUGGGACAAGCUAGAAAUCACAUAUAAAGGUACGGAUCAUGUCCAAGAAGCUAAAAUAGAUUUUUUAACCCACGAAUAUGAAUUAUUUCUUAUGAAGGAGAACGAGAAAAUCAACGAUAUGUUUGAACGAUUUGCAAAAUUCAUAAACGAUCUUCGCGCUCUCAAGAAGACACAUACGGGCAAGGAGCUUGCGAGAAUAAUCCUAUGGAGUCUCACACCAGAGUGGCGUUCCAAGGCCAAUGCUGUUCAAGAGUUCAUCGGCAUCACCAACGUUACCAUCGAUGGUA